AGCACGAGGAGCAUUACAGGGCCUCUUUCUUUCCUUAACGAGUUCUCAGACAUGCAGUGCUUCACCGUGAAGCCCGUCAUGAGCCUGCCACCUGGCUACAAGGACAAACCAGUUCCAGAGCAGAUCUUAAACUACUACAGGGCCAACGAAGUGCAGCAGUUCAGAUAUUCUCGGCCAUUCCGAAAAGGAGAAAAGGAUCCAGACAAUGAAUUUGCUACCAUGUGGAUUGAACGGAGCACGUAUACAACUGCCUAUACCUUCCCCGGAAUUCUCAAGUGGUUUGAAGUCAAACAGAUUUCAACAGAGGAAAUCAGCCCUUUGGAGAAUGCCAUAGAAACCAUGGAACUGACCAAUGAGAGGAUUAGCAACUGUGUGCAGCAGCAUGCGUGGGACCGGUCCCUUUCUGUGCACCCGUCUCCAUGCUGCUCAACGGCAUUGUGGAUCCAGCUGUCAUGGGGGGAUUCUCCAACUAUGAAAAGGCUUUUUUUACAGAAAAGUACUUACAGGAGCAUCCUGAAGACCAGGAGAAGGUGGAGCUGCUCAAGCGGGCGAUCAGCUACAGUAUGCAAGGAGCUCAGGAUGGCCACACUGUCCAUGGGGCCAGAGCCUCUCCAGAUCUCCAGGCUUUUUGUUGCAAUGCGAUGCUCUGUGGGUUACUUUUUCUUUUAA